AUGUCCGAUAUCUACAAGUCCUCCAGGAGGUUAUCAGGCGGAGCCUUCGCGUUAAGACCUGAUGUUCCAGUCGAAUGUCUUCCAACUUGUUCAAUUAUUGAGGCUAGUCGAAUGAUGAUUGAGCAAAAGACCUACUGCAUUGUUGUGAGAGAUGAUGACAGUCAAGGUUUGAGCGGAUUGUUCACUGCCAAAGAUUUGGCUUUCAGAGUGGUGGCCUCUGGUCUCGAUCCAUAUGAGACUCAGGUAAAGGAUAUAAUGACCCGCAAACCUCUAGUAUCACACGUCAGCAAUCCACAUGAGGCCUUGAGACUCAUGGUGAAGAAAAAGGUGAGGCAUUUACCCCUUGUGGACGACUUCGGGGCUGUGGUUGGAAUGCUGAACAUCACCAAGUGUUCAUAUCAGGCCAUGGUAAGACUUGAAAGGGAUUCUUUGGAGGCAGAAAAGCUUCAGAGCACAUUCCAGGAGAUACAGAUUGAUGGUGACUCUUCUGAGAGUAGAUUCACCCUGAUAAACAGAGAGGACUCCCCAAUUGACGCGGACUACAAUAUUAUCCAGCAGAAACAGAAGCUUUACAACGACCUAUACAACGAUUUCAGGAAGCUGAUUGAGCUUAUGGAGCAACCGAACUUGCGAGACGUUUUGAAUGACUCUUCCUUGGAAAUAGUUCCUCCCAUUUUCAUUGAUGCCAGAACGACGGUUUUGAAAGCAGCGCAGAUACUGAAGGAGCGUAAAACAACGGCUCUGCUGAUCUGCGAUUCUUCGGAGAUGUUUACGGAGCCUAUUGGCAUUUUCACAUCGAAGGAUAUUGUUUUCAGGGUUCUGGCGACGGAAAUAAACCCUGCUGCUACGAGUGUGGCUCGGGUCAUGACAUCUAGUCCUAGCUUUGCUAGUGAAGAACUGGGUAUCCAUUCUGCACUUCGCAUGAUGUACGAGGGAAAUUACAUGAACCUACCAAUCAAGAAUAAUGAAAACACUGUAGUGGGUCUGAUCAGUGUUUUGCAACUCACAUAUGCUCUGUUGUGCCAUUUGGAUAGAGAUCUGUAUGCAAAUCUUUUUUCCUCAGCAGACCAGGAGAUGAUGUUUGAUGUUGAUCCAAUCAACGCAGCCACAGCCAAAGCGGGCCACGAGAACUCCGUGGCAUGGGACCAUUUCUGGUCUCUUGACAGACCCCUGGGAUCCAGAAGGAACUCCUCGUUUACCGAGAGGUCGUUCAGUGAAAGUCCUCGUAACUCGCUUCGCAGGCUGUCGAGGGGAAAUUCUAGGCCAGUGAUAUUUUCACCACAUCGUGGACUCAGCUCUACAACGUCUCAUUCAGUUGACGGUGAUGAGGAAGAAGAAAGUGGUAGUCACUUGGUAAAGAACAGAUUUAGGUCCAUUCCUUCAACUAUCUUGUCUUCGAGAUACGCAGAGGUUCGCUCAUUAUCUGAGUCUCCAAUCAGAAGCGGGGCAUCUGGCUCAGCAGUUGUUUUACAAAAUGCUUCUAACCUUGAAAAGCCUUCAAUAUCCAUUUUAUCUAACGUUUCCGCCUUUGAGAAGACUUUCAAGAUUCGCACAAAUGAUGGAAAAGUGUACAAGAUCAGACUUCAUCACGAUGUUAAUCUCCUGGAUCAAUUGAGCCACCAGAUUGAGUCCAGAUUGGGUCUUGCAGGCUACGAAGAGUUUUAUCUCAGUUACACUGACGAGGAGAACGACGAUGUGGUGAUCAGGAAGGAGGAAGACUUGUUGGCGGCUUUGGAAUUGUUCCAGAGGUGGAAUAGGUCGACCGUCCAUUUGAAGCUACACACACAAGCUGACUACUCGACCAACAGCAGAAUCGUUGAAAUGCUGGCGGGGAUUGAUGUGAAGAAACUCGGGAUAUUUGGUGGGGUUUUGUUUGGGACUUUAUUCUUUUUGUGCACUGGGGUUGUUGUUGGUAUGAAUGUCCGAAGGAGAUGA